AUGGCUCUCCCAAGAGCUAGUGAGGCAUAUAUUAGAGGAGUUGAUGGUUUUCUAGAUAUGGCUUUUCAAAGGACCGCACAAGGACAAGAAAUACUUUGCCCGUGCAAAAAGUGUUUGAACCGUAAUUGGUAUUAUAGAGCAACAGUAAGAGAACACUUGAUAGUCUAUGGUUUCAUAGAAGGCUAUACUGAGUGGGUAUUCUAUGGAGAAGGAUUGUCAAUGUAUUCUGAAGGAUUACCAUCACAUAGUAAUGAAGGACUUGAUCCUCUUGAUAACAUGGAUGAUAUGUUGCAAGAUAUGUAUAGAGAUGUAGCAAUUGGAGGGCAAAACCUCCCAAGGAUUUGUGAAGGUCCUAAUACGGAGGCAAAGAAAUUUUACAAGUUAAUGGAGGAAGGCCGACAGGAGCUUUAUACAGGGUGUAAGAGUUUCUCAAGGCUUUCUUUCAUCGUUCGAUUAUAUCUUUUCAAGUGUCUCCAUGGGCUAAGUAAUGUGGCAUUUGGUAACCUUCUAGAUUUAUUAAAAGAAGCUUUUCCUGAUGCUACAAUUCCGAAUUCUUUUAAUGAAGCUAAGAAGACAGUGAGAGAUUUAGGUCUUGAUUACAAAAAAAUACAUGCAUGCCCAAAUGAUUGUAUGUUGUUUUGGGAUAAGCAUGAAGAAGCAAAUAAUUGUCUUUUAUGUGGUGCUUCUAAGUGGAAAUUGGAGGAUGAAUUUGCAAAUGAUAAUGCUAAAUCCUCCACUAUACCUGCUAAGGUUUUACGAUACUUUCCUCUUACUCCUAGGCUACAGAGGUUAUUCAUGUGUGAAGAGACAACUACUGCAAUGAGAUGGCAUGCAACAGAUCGUCCGAAUGAUGGAAAUUUGAGGCAUCCGGCUGAUGCCAAAGCUUGGAAAGAUUUUGAUAAUUUGCAUUCUGAGUUUGCUCAAGACCCUCGCAAUGUGAGGUUGGGACUUGCAAGUGAUGGGUUCAAUCCAUUUCGAACGAUGAGCAUUUCACAUAGCACAUGGCCCGUUGUGUUAAUCAAUUACAAUUCAUCACCAUUGGUUUUUAUGAAGUCUGAAUAUAUUUUCUUGUCUAUGAUUAUUCCAGGUCCUAGAUCACCUGGUAAAGACAUUGAUAUCUACAUCCAACCUUUGAUUAGAGAGUUGAAGCACUUAUAG